AUGAGCGGAGACGCGGGAGACGGCCUGGAGGAAAAGGCGGAAGUGGGGGCGGAAGUGGCCUCGGAGGUGGCUUCGCAGGUGGAGGCACCCACGCAGUCGACAGAACCGCACCCGAAGGAGAAAAAGAAAAAAAAAAAAAAGGAGAAAGACGCUAAAGGGGAAAAGAAUGCCCCCAAUAGAAAGAAGCACCACAAAAAGGAGCUCAAAGAGAAAUCCCUCCAAGAUGGGAAAGCGAAAGCCGCGGGGCGGGAAAAGGAGCUCCGAAAGAAGGACGCGCCGCAGGAUGGUAGCGAUGGCAGUGAUGGCGGUAGCUUUGGGGACAAAGGCAGCUCUGGGGAUGGAGGCAUCUCUGGGGAUGGAGGCAUCUCUGGGGACGAAGCCACCUCCCGUGAGAGCGACUUAGCGAAUCUGGAAAACUUCUGCCGAAAGAACGAGUUGAGCGAGCCCAGCUCGGAAGAGCAUGAAUCGGUGGACGUGGCUGAUAAGGACGACGACCAAAAGGAAGGGAAGCCGAUCGAUAUAGCGUACGUAGAGGCGUUCCUCCAUUCUGUCAGCAAAAAGACGAGGUUGAGCAAAGUGGUGAAGCUGAUCUCCAUGUUUCGCGACGCUCUGAACAUGUUCGUGGAUGACGAGGUCGAGGACGGCAUGCCGGGGAAGGGAGAAGUGACGGACGAAGCAGAUCCGCGGGAGAAGCAGAAAAAGGGCUCAAAAGGGGGGAAGAAGGGAGGAAAAAAGCGAGGAAAAACACGGGAGGGCAGCCGAAGAAGGAAGAAGUACUCGAUGAAUGUCGAUACGUCCAUUUUCACCGUCUUCAAUGUGUUGUACAACAUAGACUCCCUCUUCUACAACAUCACAAACGAGGGGUCGCUCAAGCUAAGGGUGUGGAAUUUGGAGAGUAUCAAAACUAAUGAGAUGUACCAGGAGGAUAGCACCCUCGAGAAGGACAGCGACAUGGAAGGGAUGAAAAAAGGAGACAACCUGAAAAGCGCGAAGAAUUCGGAAAGCGCCCAAAGUAUGCAGAUUUUGGAGAGUAUGCCAAAUUACAAGCACCUGGAAAGGUACAAACUGUUGAUUGUGCAUUUCUUUAAGCAUCUCCUUAGUCGAAUGAAGAAACUACGCAACAAAGAUGUCUGCACGGGGAUAAUCAAAAUUUUGAAAAAAAAAAACAUCCUAAGAUGGAUAGUAAUACUAAACAUGGGGAAGAACUUUUUAAAAAAAAUCGGCACCAUGUUCAUCCUGUCGAAAAAAAACGAUGUCUACUUCUUCCUUUUCCUGUUAAUACAAAACAUGGUUCACCUGUACAAUGAGAAGAAAAAAAUAAUAUAUAACAACAGUGUUUCGAAUUCGAAGUGCAACGAAAAGGAGGAGAUUAAGAAGACGUACCAAUUGGAGAAGCUCCUCUUCGAGGUGUACCAAAAUCUGAUGCAAAGAUAUUUAAUCCAUUACGGGAGUAACUACCAAAAUGUUCUCCUUCUAAAUCACAUGAAUUUUAAAGAGAACUGCCUCAUCGAGCUGUUCACGUUGCUCUCCCACGAUGUGGCAUAUACCAUCACAUUUCGGUAUAUUCAAACUGUCAUGCAGAAAAUCAGGGAGGGCUUCAAAGUCACGUACGAGGAUGGAAAGAAAGGGGACCUGCAAACAGGAGAUCAUCAAAUAAAGGGGAGAAGCCGCGAUGCAGGAAAGAGAAACACCACAUAUGUUAACCUCAUCGAUUUUAGAAACUUCCACCUGCACAGCAGCUACAUGAUGCUCCUGCUCCGAUUUCUAAUUAAAAUAAUAAAACAGUGCCACAAUUUGGAUAUCCUAACAUACGGAUUGACAGUCUUAAUAAUCGCCAUUUUGAAGACCAAAAUUAAUAACAUGAAAUAUGUGCCUGUGAAUUUGCAGCUCCUUCACUUCCUAAUUCGAAUCAUGGAAGAUAAGAAAAAGUACAUCCCUCUGUUUUCCUAUUUUACGUGCAUCCUGAAUGGAUUAAAAUCUUAUCAGCAUGUCAGGACCAUUUGUAAAAAUCAACAAACCAGAUUAACCAUCGAAAAUUUUGACAUUAACACGUCUCUCCAAAUUGACGAAAAAUUAAUUUCAGACUUCUCCAUAGCUCACCAAGUAUAUGACAAAUUAUAUGUCCUUCUAUGUGACUAUGUUGGACUGAUGGUACAUCAUAUCUCCUUUCCGGAGUUCUUCUUCGCUAUAGAUUCUUUUCUAAAAAGAUACUUCUCCGAGUGUAAAGUACAUGCAUUCAAAAUGAAGAUUAAGAAUCUUCUCCUCUUGGCAAAAAAUUCCAUCGACAUUAUUCAGAACAAGAGAAAAAAUAAGAAUAUCUACUCUAUGCAUGAUCAGAUGAUUUUUUUCGGAAAUGAAAACUUGCCUCUCUCUGGACAUAGACUCUCCGUUCUGGAGAAUUAUGAAAAUAGCUGCUUGGUGAAGCUCAAGGCCAGGAUUAGUGGGCUUGAGAAUAUUAAGCAUUCCUCCGAUGGGGAUGAAGAAGCUGGCAGUGACGAAGAUGAGAGGGAGGACGAUCAGGAGGAGCUUCCCUCCAACCGAUGUGCCAAAAAAAGAAAACGCGAAGAUCAGCAUGCCGCCAGCAGUAGCACCACGAAGAAGAUGAAGAACAACAAGAUCAAAAAAAGCAACAAAAGCGGCAAUAAAGGAAAGAAUAAGAACAAGAAGAAAAAGAACAAAAAGCCAACUGCAACCGCAACCGAAACUGCGGAGGAGGAAGGCCCCUCCAGAAAGGACAAGGUGGAAGUCUUUUCUAUGUCCAGUGAGGAUGAGCCGGAAGAUGGAGGGGAAGACGCCUAA